AGCAAUAGAUUAACUAUCGUCUAUGUUAUCGGUAUAAUAUCUGAGAGUAGACGUUUUCAGAUUGCAUUUAAUUUGGCUUAUUCUUCGUCUCGUUUGUCUGUCACAAACAGCUGAACUGAAUCAACGUAUUUAUCUUUAUUAAUAAUACUUAUAACAAUAAAAAUUUAUAUACAAAAUUUUAAGUUUGGUGUAUAGAGUUAAUUAUUUUUAAAGUGCAAAUCAUAAUAAAUUUAAAAAAAUGCCAGAAGUUGAAGCAGUGCAGAUAAUUGCGGAGUCUCUAAAAGAGCAGGGUGUAGAAUAUGUCUUCGGUAUUAUCGGCAUACCUGUUAUUGAACUAUCGAUGGCUUUUCAAGCUGCUGGCCUUAAGUACAUUGGAAUGCGUAACGAGCAGUCAGCUUGCUAUGCCGCUCAGGCAAUUGGCUUUUUAACUGGCAAACCUGCUGUUUGUCUUGUUGUUUCUGGACCAGGAUUGCUGCAUGUAACCGGUGGUAUGGCGAAUGCGCAAGUGAAUUGUUGGCCACUGCUGGUAAUUGGUGGUUCAACCAGUCAGGAUCAUGAGGGAAUUGGCGGUUUUCAGGAGUAUCCGCAAGUGGAAAUGUCACGUCCAUACUGCAAGUAUGCGGCUCGACCGCCUACCGCAUCGCUGAUACCAUUGCAUGUGGAGAAGGCUGUGCGUUAUGCGACAUACGGACGACCAGGUGUCUCUUAUCUUGAUUUCCCCGGCAAUUUGUUGCAAUCGCGUGUGGAACAAGACAAGAUCUAUAAAACAUUGUCACAUCCAGUUGCGCCACUAGUGUAUCCGGCACAUGACGAUGUUAUACGUGCUGGUAAUUUGUUGCGUACAGCAAAGCGUCCACUUGUUAUCAUCGGGAAAGGUGCCGCCUACGCACAUGCCGAAAAUAUUUUACGACAUUUCAUUGAGAACACCAAUUUGCCCUUCCUGCCAACACCAAUGGGCAAAGGUGUUGUUUCGGAUACGGCGCCACAAUGUGUCUCCUCUGCUCGUUCGUUGGCAUUGCAAAAGGCAGAUGUUGUGUUGUUGUUGGGUGCACGUCUAAAUUGGAUACUGCAUUUUGGCAAGCCACCACGCUACAGUGCCGAUGUCAAAUUUAUUCAAGUCGACAUUUGUCCAGAAGAAUUGCAUAAUUCCGUUCAAGCUUCGAUCGCCAUACAAUCGGAUAUUAAACCGUUUGCCGAACAAAUGUUUGAGCAGAUGAACGCAGUGAAUUUCGAAUUUCCAAGUGACAAUCCCUGGUGGGAAGAGCUAAGCGACAAAUGCAAGCGCAAUCGCGAACAAGUGCGCAGCAUGGCUUUACAGACUGCUUCGCCGCUAAAUUACUAUACCGUUUUUCAUCAUCUGCGUGAGUUGAUACCACGCGAUGCCAUCAUUGUAAGCGAGGGUGCCAACACCAUGGAUAUUGGACGUACAAUGCUUUUCAACAUACUGCCACGUCAUCGUUUAGAUGCUGGCACUUUUGGCACAAUGGGCGUUGGACCCGGUUUCGCUAUUGCAGCAGCACUGUAUUGCCGCGAUCGUUAUCCUGGCAAGCGUGUAAUAUGCGUGGAAGGUGAUAGCGCUUUCGGCUUUUCCGGCAUGGAACUGGAGACUAUGGUGCGCUACAAGCUACCAAUUACGAUUGUUAUUGUUAACAAUAACGGUAUUUAUGGUGGUUUCGAUCAGGAAACAUUCGAUGCCAUACGAAAUGCCGGCGAUUUGUCACAAGUCACACCGCCAUCCGCUUUGGGUGUUCAAGUGCGCUAUGAGGAAAUGAUGAAAAUGUUCGGUUUGCAAGGUUACUUCUGCAAGGAGAUACCAGAACUGCAGGCAGCGCUGAGGGAGGCACAAAAACUGUCCGACAAGCCAACCAUUAUUAAUGUAGCCAUAAAUCCGUCAUCGGAUCGCAAGCCACAGACAUUUAACUGGCUAACUGAGUCAAAAUUGUAAACUUUUCUUUACGUAAAUGCGAUUUCCUGUAAACAAGCGCGAAAUCGUGAACAAUUGCUUUCAUAUACUUGCAUACAAACACACUAUACAUAUAUACAUUAAACUGAAGAGCAUUGUUACGAAAGUUGUGAAAAUGAAUGCCUAUUUAAGCUAUGUAUUUUCUGCGCCAGUGGCAUAAUUACGGGUAGUUGCUAUUUAUAGGAAUUUAAUUCCUUUUUAUUUAAGCUAAAACGUUUUAUUUGUGUGUGUUUUUGUAUACUUGAAAUAAUAUUAAAAUAUUGGUUGUGGUCACUGUAGUAGUAACAAUGCUCAAGUAUUGGCUUUUGUAGUACAGUUAUAAAUGUUUUUUUUUUUUCGCACAUUCCAACUUUUUUGUAAACAAUUAACGGCACUUUAGUGAAUGUUUGUGCAUAUGAAUUUGUCCUUUUAUGUGAAAUUGUCUUAAGCAGAUUUUAUGAAUUUAUAUACCAUACAUACUACAUACAUAUUUAUAUGCAUCUGUGCUUAUUAAAUUUUAUAUAUGAACACUCUUUGAAAUACCAAAUUAAUUUAAUUUAUCAACUAAAUUUCUAUUCAGCAUUUUCACUCCAUGUAUACGUUUAUGUGUACUUGCGAACACGAUACAGCGCGUUACGAAUU